CAAAUUGUGGAUACGACCACGACGUGCAAGAAGCCUAGAAACACAUACUCUCUUUGAUUUCCUCUAUAAGACAAACAGCUUCGGCCAACGAAUAAUUACAAUUGGCCAUUACCCCAAAAUAGAGAAAACUCGCAUUUGUCUUUGGCGAACGAGAGAGAUUAGAAAAUGGGAUCUCAUCAUGACGUUUGUAACGGACAAAAACCACACGUCGUUUGCGUGCCUUAUCCGGCUCAGGGCCACAUCAACCCGUUGCUGAAAGUGGCUAAACUCCUCCACGCCAGAGGCUUCCACGUCACCUUUGUCAACACCAUCUUUAACCACAACCGUCUCCUCCGGUCCCGUGGGCCUAACGCUCUCGACGGGCUCCCUUCUUUCCGGUUUGAGUCAAUCCCUGACGGUCUACCGGAGACCGGUACCGACGUGGACGUCACACAAAGCAUCCCGGCCCUCUGCGUGUCCACAAUGAAGUAUUGUCUUACUCCGUUUAAGGAUCUUCUCCGGCGUAUUAACACAGGAGAUGAUGUUCCUCCGGUGAGCUGUAUUGUUGCGGACGGUUGUAUGACCUUUACUCUUGAUGCUGCGGAGGAGCUUGGAGUCCCGGAAGUCCUUUUGUGGACUACUAGUGCUUGUGCCUUUAUGGCUUAUCUACACUUCUAUCUCUUCAUCGAAAAGGGUUUAACCCCUUUUAAAGAUGAGAGUUACUUGACGAACGAGUACUUAGAGACGGUUAUAGAUUGGAUACCGUCGAUGAAAAAUCUAAAAUUAAAGGAUAUCCCUAGCUUCAUCCGUACCACUAAUCCUGAUGAUUCGAUGCUUAAAUUCGCCAUCCGCGAGACCGAGCGAGCCAAACGCGCUUCUGCUGUCAUUCUAAACACAUUCGAUGACCUUGAUCAUGAUAUCAUUGGGUCUAUGCAAUCCAUUCUACCUCCGGUUUAUUCAGUUGGACCGCUUCAUCUCUUAGAGAACCGGGAGAUUGAAGAAGGCAGUGAGAUGGGAAGAAUGGGGUCGAACUUAUGGAAAGAGGAGACAGAGUGUUUGGAUUGGCUCGACACUAAGACUCGAAACAGCGUCGUUUACGUCAACUUCGGGAGCAUAGCGGUUAUGAGUGCGAAGCAGCUUGAGGAGGUUGCUUGGGGUUUAGCGGGAAGUGAGAAGGAGUUCUUAUGGGUGAUCCGGCCGGAUUUAGUAGCCGGAGAGGCAGCGGUGGUUCCGCCGGAGUUUUUAACGGAGACGGCAGACCGGAGAAUGUUGGCGAGCUGGUGUCCUCAAGAGAAGGUUCUUUCUCAUCCGGCGAUCGGAGGGUUCUUAACACACAAUGGAUGGAACUCGACGCUGGAGAGUCUCUCAGGGGGAGUUCCGAUGGUGUGUUGGCCGUUCUUUGCGGACCAGCAGACGAAUUGUAAGUUUUGCUGUGACGAGUGGGAGGUUGGGAUGGAGAUUGGGGGAGAUGUGACGAGAGAGGAGGUGGAGGCGGUGAUUAGAGAGUUGAUGGAUGGAGAAAAGGGAAAGAAAAUGAGAGAGAAGGCCGAGGAGUGGCGGCGCUUGGCGGAGGAAGCGACGGAGCAUAAACAUGGUUCCUCGGUUGUGAAUUUUGAGACGGUUGUUAAGGUUCUUUUGGGACAGUGA